GGGCAAAGAUGGCAGAUUGGUUGGAGACGACGGAAAGGGAAAGGACGAGCGAGAGACGUGUCUCGUUGCCAGGGGGAGUCUGCUCACGAGUUUUAUUUAAUCAAGAGAGGCAAAGUGAGACGGAGUGAGUGUGAGGAAAGGUGAGAUUUUUUUUAUUGAGACUUAUUAAUUGGGGGUAAGCAGAGAUUUCUCAUUUCUUUAAAUUAUCAUUAUUAUUUUAUAUUAAAAAUUUCACUGUGUUCUCACAAAAAUUGUGUUGACUUUAACGGUACAUUUUCUUGAAUUAACUCACUAUUAGCUGUAACAAUGCAAUUAAAUUUUAUGCAAAUUUACACCCCGUGGAUAAAAAACGAACGAGUUUGGCCAUGACAUUCUCCACUAGGUCAAAAUCUCUUGUUUGAACCGAUUUUUUUCCCGAUGAAAUGGAUCACAACAACCUAUAACCUUCCAUCUACGAGGAUAUAUACACUUUCCCUAUUAAACGAUGCGGGCAUGACGCCAAGAAACUUUUCGCCAACUUUUUUUGUCCUCCUCCUCUGGGUCGAUGGAGUCCAAAAAGAUGCAAUAAUAGAAUCUGAUUUUCGGCUCAACUUGCCAAAAUCCGGAUCCGUAUAACAUAAUAACACCACCUGAAUCAAGUGUUAUUGCUUGAUGACGGUCAGCCAGACAUUAUCCGAUAUUCAUACACGGUCAUAAACAAUGGGGGCUGAAGAAGUAUUUAUAACGGGGCUGAUUUGGAUAUGUGACGUCACAACGGUAGGCCUUUGUGUAAUUUGCAAAAUUCCACAAAUUUUAAAAAUCUACAAAACAAAAAGUGUCGAUGGAUUAAGUGCAACUAGUUUACUUCUCGAGGUUCUGACCUAUGCAAUUUCCCUGUCUUACAAUGCCAUGAAAGGUUAUCCUCUCGGGUCUUAUUUGGAGGAUCCCUUUCUCGUCAUUCAAACCUUGAUCGUUCUUCUCAUCGUGUAUUACUUUGAGUCGAGGCUGGAUGUUCAGAAAUUUGGGAUGGUUGGGGGAGGAGUGGCUUUAUUUUAUGCACUGGCAUUGGGAUUUCCACACCCUACUGUAUUGCCUCUCUUAUUGACUGCCACGCUGCCCAUGAAAAUAUUUAGCAAAGUUCUUCAAAUUAAAGAGAUUUGGGUGAAGAAAAGCGCCGGAAAUAUUUCGCUAGUCUCGUGGGUCAUCAAUAUCUACACGUGUCUCACUCGAAUUGUGACCACGGCCCUGGUAACUGGAGACCAAACCUUAUUGCUCAAACACACCAUUUCCGUCACUUUGAACUGCCUCGUCGUCGCAAGCGCUAUGCAUUCAAAGAAGGAAGAAGCAAAGAAGGAAGACGUCAAAUCCUCCGAUGUAACGCCGACGGAGGAAGUUAAUAAAAAAUCAAAAAAGUCAAAAAAGACAAAAUAAUUGUGAAUUUACUGUAUGUUCAAAAUAUAUAAAAUCGGGUUAAUAACUUUAUAAUUAUUAAAUUGAUUGUGUCACUGCUACGAAUGAAAUGCA